AUGCUGACGUGCAUCGCCUGCUCGAAGCAAAUCGGCGGCUCGCUCCAGCAGGAGCCAGAGGAUGAGGACGGCGCCGCGACACCGAGCACUCGGCACGCCAUCAGAGCCCUCACAGCGCAGGUAGAUACGGCUCCAUGGCCUAGGGUUUCCUCAUUCUGAAGGCGUUCGUCGUUUUGUCCUCCUGAAGAUUUCCGCGUUGGCCAGAUCAAGGACAUGGCGAUGAAGGCCUCCGGAGCCUACCGACAGUGCAAGCCCUGCGCCCGCCAGACGGCGGCGUACGCCGAUUCCGACGCCGCCUCCGGAUCGGAGAGGUUCCACUACGCAUACCAGAGGGCCGCCGCUUGCAGCGGCCUCGGGAGCUCGUCGUCUACGCCGAGGGAAGUUACUCCAUCGAUGAGCGGGCGAUCGGAGGUAGGCGUGGUGGUCGCCGAGGAGGAGCAGAGGGAGUGGGUAGCGCAGGUGGAACCCGGCGUCCUCAUCACCUUCAUCUCCCUCCCCCACGGCGGCAACGAUCUCAAGAGGAUCCGCUUCAGGUACCACCUCUCCCUCUUCCUCUCUCUCUCUCCAUCUCACAUUCUCUCUCCUCCCCGUCGCCGGAACCAGUCUAUCCAUCUCCCCUCCCCCGAUGGCUUCAAAUUUUCUCAGCGGGAUCAUCCAGUACCGUGCGAUUAUCACAUCCCUCGAAUUCCAACAGUCUGAUCCGUUCACUCCACACACUUGACAAUCUUCAGUCCCGUUUAGGACACUCGCCACCAUCUUCUCCGGCGCCGGCGCCCCUCUCUCUCUCUCUUCCUCGCUCUCUAUACUUCCGCGUCGGGAACGAGUCCUGGCCGAGUCCGCUCGGCUCUCCAGGACGACCAGCUGUGAGUCUGACCGGGUCGCGAUUUCCACAGGUCUGCACGAAUUUUGAGACACUCAAAUAGGGAUUCCGGGUCCGGAUCCUACAAACGGGUCCGAUAACUACUCCAUUAUAUUUUUUUUAUCCUUAAUUGAAGAAUAUGUGAGAUCGGAAAUUACUAUUCAAUCCCGUGAAAUCCAACAGUUUAUUUCAUCCCUGUAAAGAAGACAAAAGCGACGAGCAGAACAGGCAUCGCCUUUGUCUCGAUCUGCUGAAGUAUGAAACUACACCUGGGCCCGGUGGCGCCGCCGGGUUGUCCGCUUCGCCGCCCCACGGCAGCCGCGGAUUCUGGUGAGCGAGCGGAUCCCCGCCACCGUUGGCUCGAUUAUCCCCACCAAUAAUUUCUGCCCUCCCCGCAGAAUCUGGUGAUCCUGUCGGGUAAUCAUCCAACCCACCCAUCUCUCUCUCUCUCUCUCUCUCUCUCUCUCUCUCUCUCGCAUCCGUCCCCAUCUCAGCUUUGCUUCUGGUGGAGAAGGGAGUGCCCAUGACCUGAGAGACUGGCUGUCCCUGGAAAGGAUGAGGGGGACCUGGAAAUGAGGAGGGCUGUCUGGAAAAGUAAGGAGGGCGUUGUUAUUUCUGUCCUCCCAUCAUGGGUUUUUACAAAUCUUUUGUAGUGAUCCAUGCAAUCUUUCAGGGCUUCUGUUUAAUUAAUUGCUUUCUUAGCGGAGCUAAUCAUGGUGGCGGGAGUGAAUUUUCCUGCUGGUUCUUCUCUCAUUGUCUAUGCUUUUAUGGCGGCGGCAGCCGGGAGUUGUUCAACAAAUGGCACGCGCAGAGGUGGUGGGCGGAGAACUACGACAAGGUCAUGGAGCUGUACAACGUCCAGAGGUUCAACCACCAGGCCGUCCCCCUCCCCACGCCGCCAAGAUCUGAGGACGAGGUUCUUUCCCCCCCUGUCUUCCCCCGAAUAUCCCUUCGGCAGUGACUACUUCGGAUUUUAAUCCUCUUCUUCUUCUUCGUCCCCUUCAGAGCUCCAAGGUUCAGUCGUCGGAGGACAGCCCCGUAACGCCGCCGCCGAGCUCGGAGCGCCUCCCGCGGAACCUCCACCGGCCGCCGAACGCCGGCGGCGCCGACGUGGGCUCGUCCUGCCACGACUUCGGCGGACUCGCCGCCGCCCCCCCCACGCUGUCAAGCAUCAGCGCCGCCAAGACGGAAACCUCGUCGGUGGACGCCUCGAGGAGGACCAGCUCCUCCCCAGAGGACGGCCGUUCGGGCGAGCUCUCCGUCUCCGUCAGCAACGCCAGCGACCAAGAGAGAGAGUGGGUCGAGCAGGACGAGCCAGGCGUAUACAUCACCAUCCGUGCCCUCCCCGGCGGCAUCCGCGAGCUCCGCCGUGUCCGCUUCAGGUUUCUCUCUCUCUCUCUCUCUCUCUCUCUCUCUCUCUCUCUCUACACCUGUGGGUUGAUGUAAAUUCACUCUGCAUAUGCAGUCGAGAGAGGUUCUCCGAGAUGCACGCGCGCCUGUGGUGGGAGGAAAACCGAGCCAGAAUACACCAACAGUAUCUCUGA